UCAGGUACCUGAUGCGACCUGUCCGCAGCCGCCUCCUGCACUGCUCUUAGCCCUGCAGACGGUGGCCAAGCAGUGGAGUGGAAAGCGUGACCUAGUGGACAGGUGUGGCCUGCACGGCGUUUGGGCUGCUGUUGCUGUGCGCUGGCACUGCAAGGCGGGAUGCUGUACCCCCAGGAGAGCCCGUCGCGGGAGCCCAAGGAGCUGGGUGGCCUCUGGAGCCUCCCUGCCGAUUUGGACAACCGACGCCAGGGCUUUAAGGAGCAGUGGUACCCGCGGCCGCUGCAGGAGUCAGGCCCCACCCUGGACGUGCUGGUUCCCUUCAGCUUCAACGACAUUGGCCAGGACUGGCGCCUGCGGCAUUUUGUUAGCUGGAUGUUGUACGAAUGGGAGGUGACCCUGCUGGAGAAAUGGACCCAGGACCUGUGCACAAGAGUGGUGCUGAGGAUUGGCAGUGCCCACUCCUAUGACAUCGUGGUAUCCCAAGGGUUGUUUUGUCCAGAACACAGACUGACUUCUUCAACUACGCAGGACUGCAGUGGUCUGUGCUUCUGUACACGACACCCACCACCUACAUCAAUGACAUCACCAUCACCACCGGUGUGGAGCACGACAGUGGUGAGGGCUUCUGCUGUGUCCUCUCAUUUUACUCCAGACCUUUUGCCUGGGCAGAGCAUAAAACAUUUAUUCCCAAAAGUGAUAAUGAGAAGAUAUGAAAGCUAUGGCAUUGAAAAUUUAAAGUUAAAAGACUGGAAAAGCGUGGGUUAGUGUACGGGACAGAAAAAAAGUUAUAGUGGACUUAACCAAUGUUAAUCUUUCAAUGUGAUGAAUGUGGCAAAGCUUUUAACUGGUGCUUAAUCUUUAUUCAACAUAAGAGAAUUAAUACAGGAGAGAAACCAUACAAAUGUGAGGAAUGUGGAAAAGCCUUUAACUGGUUUUCAAACCUUAUUCGAAAUAAGAGAAUUCGUACUGUAGAGAAACU